AUGGAAGAACAAGGAGCUGUUAGUGAAACAGAGGAAGAGCGAACUGCUGAAGAUGAUGGAGAUCUUUCCGUGGAAGCAGUAUCUCAAGAGAACGAACCCGUGGAACAAUUCGAUAUAUCGCUUGCGGCGUCACAUUCUUAUAUGGGCUCAGGUCUUGUAGCAGUAGGUGGGCGAUCAGUUUUAGAAGCUGGUUGGACUGGCAAAGUUCCAGUUAUGGCACACCACGGGAUUGUGUUUCCUGGAGAAAUUGUACCCAUGCUUCUCACUAAUGCUAAUGAUGUAGCUGUUUUGGUUCAGACAUUAGAUCACGAUAAGCUAUUUGGUUUGCUUUGUCCUGAUGAAAGUGGUAAUGAUGUUUCUGGCUAUGGUGUCCUCUGUGAAGUCUUCGAAGCUGGUGAAGCAAAUGGAGCACCGCAAACAUUAACAUUCAAAGCUCGUGCCAAUCAUCGAUUUAGAUUCAAGGAUAUGCCUAAGCAGUCACAACCCAUAGAAGCGUACAGUAGAAUGAAAGUGGUGGAAGUUCGAGUUCUACCAGAAGUAAAACUAGGGGAUCCCCUACACCAGAAUAGGCUACUCAGUCUUGAUAAUUGGCGAAGAGAGCGGACUAUGUUGGAUAACCGUCUUCGUAAUAUAGACGCUAAACUGACACCAUGGCCGCUCUUUGUAUAUGAUAUUUUUGACUACCAUCGCAUGAAACAGACUAUCAAGGACUAUUUUGGCAAUAUUAUCAAAACUCCUAUUCCCGAGGAUCCUGUGUCUCUAUCUUUCUGGACCGCUUCAAACCUUACCAUGUCAAUCCGAGAUCGGCUAGCACUUUUCAUAGUGGAUGACGCUCUGUUGCGUCUGCACAUGGAAGUCAGACUUAUCAGUAGGGACAGUGUAUUAUGCUGCUUAUCCUGUUCAACUGAAAUCGCGCGGAGGGAAGAUGUAUUCGCGAUGUCCAGCGAAGGUGUACACUCUAACUAUACUAAUUUAGGCGGCUACAUGCACGAUAUAGUCACAGUAUCGCGGGCGCAAAACAUUGAUCUAAGCGGGUCGCCCUCGGCAGACUUCUCAUGGUUCCCAGGAUACGCGUGGAGCAUUGCAAGCUGCGCGUAUUGCUUGGUCCAUGUUGGCUGGAGAUUUGACGCCCUCAAACGCAAUAUGCGACCACAGCAGUUCUUCGGUCUAUGUCGUAACUAUGUUCUUCCACGGACCACUGGAAGACGGGACCGUUCACCUUCACAGUCGGCAUCACCUCCAUACACACCUCCACGGACACCCCCAUAUUCACCACCUCCGGUCAGAUCAUCUCGUCUAGCGUCGUUGCUAUCAGACUUAAGACAAGCUGGUCUGCAGCAGAUAGAGGCGAUAAAUAUAAUUUAUGACAUGGUGGAUGAUGAACCUUAA